AUGGCCUUACCUACCGUGGAAGAAUCACACUUUGCCCAGAACGAACCGGUCGCCUCCAACAGGGAUGGUGCCCCUGGGCAACGUCUGCUCGAAGAGCAAGUAGCUGUCGAGAAGGGCUCCGUAAUCAAAGGACUAGGAUUGCUUGAUCGAUUUCUCGCCGUGUGGAUCCUACUUGCUAUGAUUGUCGGAAUACUGCUAGGAAAUUUUGUUGAAGAGACAGGUCCAGCACUCCAAAAGGGCAAGUUUGUCGGCGUUUCCGCACCCAUCGCUCUAGGGCUACUCGUUAUGAUGUAUCCUAUUCUUUGCAAAGUUCGCUACGAGACGUUGCAUCAUUUAUUUCGAAGCCGCGCUCUCUGGAUCCAAAUCGGAUUCAGCAUCCUUAUGAAUUGGAUCGUCGCCCCACUCUUCAUGCUCGGUCUUGCUUGGGCCUUCUUACCUGAUGAAAGCGACCUUCGUACAGGACUGGUAUUGGUCGGACUAGCGAGAUGUAUCGCCAUGGUUCUGAUCUGGAACGGGCUGUCCGGAGGCGAUAAUGAGUAUUGUGCCAUCCUGGUAGCUGUGAACUCUAUCCUCCAGAUGAUACUCUAUGCCCCACUUGCCAUUCUUUUCAUCCGGGUUAUCGGCCAUGAAAGUGGCGCUGUUGCCGUAUCUUACGAGAUGGUUGCAACAAGCGUUGCAGUUUUCCUUGGAAUACCUUUAGGUGCUGCUAUCCUGACACGAUUUGUACUACGGAUGUUGGUCAGCCCGGAAUGGUAUGAACAGACAUUUCUGAAGUGGCUAGGCCCGUGGUCACUCAUCGGCCUCUUGUAUACCAUUCUCGUUCUCUUCGCCUCCCAGGGUCGCCAAGUUGUCCACCAAAUCGUCUCCGUCGUUUGGGUUGCCGCGCCGCUCAUCGUUUACUUUGUUGUCAUAUUCUUCUUCACAUUGUUUGUGUGUAACCAGCUUGGGUAUGGAUACAAGUUAGGGGUAACACAAAGUUUCACAGCUGCAAGUAAUAACUUUGAGCUCGCCAUCGCCGUCGCCGUCGCCACAUAUGGUCCUAACAGUGAUCAAGCACUUGCUGCUACGGUGGGUCCGCUUAUAGAGGUACCUGUACUUAUAGGACUUGUCUAUCUUGUGCGAUGGAUGGGCAGCAGAUGGGCUUGA